UUUGAUCAUUUCACCGGCAGGAAGAGUCAAUAACGAAGCAUAGCUAAUGAUAGAGCUAUAGAGCAAAUAACUACGAAUUGCUGCUGUUUUGGGUGACAUACAUGCGGUCGAACAACCGUCUACUUGCAUCAAUCUGAUGAUAAUUUCGUGUUGAAGUUUAUAUAAUUAUCACCAGAACGUAUUAUUGACGUUGGGCUGGGUCUGCAUGUGAAGUGUUUCGCGAGGCUUUGAUAUUACGAAGGAAUAACGGACAGUGAUUCAGACAAUCAAAGAAAUGGAAUUUAACUGAAGUACUCGGCUCGCUACUGGGAGUUUUCUUUCCGAGCUUGGAGAGUAAAAGACUUGUAAACAAGAUGGAUUUCGCUUCGAGUGAGCCACCGAAGAUCACUCUCAAACAGCCCCGGCUGCUGCGAGACAGCAACGACCCUAACAUCAGGAGGUACAAGCACCUCAAGCUAUCCGGUCGAGACCUCCUAGAUCCUCCGGACCUCCUCUUCGAGCUGACCAAGCUAGAGUUCCUGGACCUCAGCCCCGAGAGGGUGACCUCCCUGCACUUCAAGUUGACCGAGGUUCCCCGCCAGCUGUCCCGACUGCAGAACCUAACGGUACUCUGUCUGGGAACCAAUGAGUUGAAAGAGAUACCAGCUGAGCUGUGCGGUCUGGCCAAAUUGGAGACUCUCAUCCUCAGCAACAAUCUCCUGACGACUCUCCCGAAGGAGUUCAGGCAGCUGCAGCGCCUUCAGAGCCUGCACCUGGCCAACAACUUCUUCGAGGAGAUCCCACGGACAGUCUUCUACCUGAAGAACCUGGAGUUUCUGGAUGCCUCUGACAACAAGAUCUCCAGGCUGCCCCGUGACGUCGGGAACCUAGUCAAGCUCCGCACGCUCUUGCUGUACCUCAAUCUCCUCACAACCCUCCCCGAGGAGCUAGGCAACUGCCUUAAUCUCCGGACUGUCUGGCUGGGCAUGAAUAGCCUGAUCGGGAUACCUCGCAGCUUCGGACGCCUCGAGUACCUGGACUGGGCUGAGCAACCGAUGUCAUCUAAUCUCGACGGGAAUCCGCUCGAGACACCCCCGAUCGAAAUCUGCCGAGAUGGUCCCCAGGCCAUCGCCACAUUCUUCGAGGAAAACCCCGACGCUGUGACGUACACCACUGGUUUCCAGGCUAAGGAAGACGAGAAGGAGCUGCAGCGGGCUCACUCAGAUGACGAGGCAGCAACAGCCACCUCAAGCUCCGGAGAUUUGGGUUCGUCCGGUACCUGGAGUUUGGGAUCAACGCAGAGUUACCCAGGUGCCGUGGCGGCAGGAAAACGGGCGAAAGCGGAUGGUGGCCGUCAACCGGCUACGAUUGGACACAACAACAAACCGUAACUCUUCGGGUAUAUCGAACCAAA